UUUUCGUGUGGUUGGAAGAAAUAAAAUGGUUGCUAGGCACCGCAAUGUGCAGAAAUAGUUUAUUUAAUCAAUAAUUUUGAAUUGAGAUACAAAUAACUAAAUAAUGGUUGGGAAGAGCAAAAAGAAGCGCAAUAGCAAGGAUUCCACAUCCAGUAACGCAGGAAGUGGUGAAGGCGAGGAGAAGAAGAAGAAAGAGGGCGGCAAGAAGAAAGGGGGCGUGGGAAAGUCCAUUGGUUGCGACAUUUUCAACGACGCCGCCAUGGAAAAUGCCUACUACGUCUGCCACAAUGUGCAGGACGUUCUUAAGUCCAGGGGAUUUGCUUGGCCAGAUGGGCAAAAGAAGAAAAAGAAGGGAAAGCGCUAGAGUGCGAAAUAUAAUUUGAGUUAUUUCUAAAAAUAUUAUUUUUCCAAUUAAGCUUAAAGUAAUAACAAACGAAAGCGAAGGUGUACUUCCCCUUGGCCUGGAAAAACGAGAGCAACGUGCUCAUAUUUAUUUUUAUGAAUCCAAAACAAGACAUCAUCGAUCAAAACUAAACAAUUCCAAAAACGCAGCCUGCCCAAAGUGAGAUGUCAGUGGCAAACGCUUCUAGAACAAACACACUUUUCGAUUUCGGCGUGUGAAAAAUAUAGGAAGCCAAAAUUGUAUUCGUUUCGUGGAAUUCGCCAAGUCUGCACCAUAUAAAUAGGUGCAACAUCGCGUUUUUUUCAGUUCAAAAU